AUGAAUUUUAUUUUAAGUGUUUCUUCGCUCUUACUUCUCACUUGUCGAUCUCUAUCACGGAUUCUUGCUUUUCUGGCAAUUACUAUCUAUCUAUCUAUCUAUCUACCUCAGUGUUUUCAUAUUUAUUUAUCUAUCUAUCUAUCUAUCUAUCUAUCUAUCUAUCUAUAUCAGUGUUUUCAUAUCUAUCUAUCUAUCUAUCUAUCUCAGUGUUUUCGUAUCUCUCUAUCUAUCUAUCUAUCUAUCUAUCUAUCUAUCUAUCUCAGUGUUUUCAUAUCUAUCUAUCUCUCUAUCUAUCUAUCUCAGUCUGUUCGUAUCUAUCUAUCUAUCUAUCUAUCUAUCUAUCUAUGUCUGUUCAUUAUCUAUCUAUCUAUCUAUCUAUCUAUCUAUGUCUGUUCAUUAUCUAUCUAUCUAUCUAUCUAUCUAUCUAUCUAUGUUCAUACUAACACCUUCCACUUCUUGUAUUAUUUUUCGUGUAAUAUAUUCUUUGUUGUUUCUUGUGUUUCGUGUUGUUCUUCCGUGGUCCUAACCUUGGAAUAUAACACUGUCUGUUCAUAUCUCUCUCUUUCUUCCUAUCUAUCUAUCUAUCUAUCUAUCUAUCUAUCUAUCUAUCUAUCUAUCUAUCUAUCAUUAUUCAUUAGAGAAUGA